CCGGCACGAGAGCUCGAACUAUCGCGAGAAAACCGCCAACUCAGACAGCGACUGUCGCGGGAGCCCGAAGUCUCGCGCGAACAGCCGCCAAUUCGCGAGACGCGCGCUGCGGGAGCGCGGAACAUGGCGGAGCAUGGCGCGGCACGGACAGCCUUGGAGCCGUCUGGACGCGCAGCAGGAGCGCGACGUGCGGGCGCUCAUCCGGAGUGUCGCCGGCCUUCAGGACGAGACAGACCCCAACUUCCAGCUCGCCCAAAACUUCGCCUGGUCCAACUUUAGAUUUCACCGUUUCUUGGAUGUCAACAGCCACAAAAUAGAAAAAACAAUUGAAGGAAUUUAUGAAAAAUUUGUCAUUCAUUCUGAUCUAAGCAAAGCUGCUAGUUGGAAGAGAUUAACUGAGGAAUUUCUGAAUGGACCGCUUCCCAGCAUAAAGGAAAUAAAGACAGAUGCACAUUAUUCCAUACUGUCACUUCUUCUGUGUCUGUCAGAUUCUCCUUCAAACAGCAAUUAUGUGGAGACACCAAGAGAAAAAGAAGUGGAAAAGAAAGAUGAUUUUGACUGGGGAAAAUACUUGAUGGAAGGCGAAGAAAUGGACAUUGGUCCAGACAUGGACACACCAAAUUGGUCUGAAGAAAGUGAUGAGGAAAAUGAUCAACAGCCCUUAAGCAGAGAGGACUCUGGAAUUCAGGUAGACAGGACACCAUUAGAAGAACAAGAUCAAAACAGAAAACUGGGUCCUUGUAUCAGUUGGAAAGAUGAGCCAGACGACCGAAGCUGGCUGGAGCAUCACGUGGUCCAUCAGUACUGGACAGCUAGGCCCUCCCAGUUUCCUCAUAGCUUACAUUUGCACUCUAAUUUAGCUGCUGUCUGGGACCAACACUUGUACACCAGUGAUCCAUUGUAUGUUCCAGAUGACAGGGUUUUGGUUACCGAGACUCAGGUUAUUCGUGAAACGCUGUGGUUACUUUCAGGAGUGAAGAAGCUCUUUAUAUUUCAGCUGAUAGAUGGAAAAGUAACUGUGAGAAACAAUAUUAUAGUAACUCAUUUAACACAUAGCUGUUUACGAUCUGUGCUGGAACAAAUAGCAGCGUAUGGCCAGGUUGUAUUUCGACUCCAGGAGUUCAUUGAUGAAGUCAUGGGACACAGUUCCGAAAGCAUGCUGCCUGGAAGUGGGUCUGUUCCUAAGAAGUCACCUGAAGCUCCCUUUAGAACCUACCAGGCUUUCAUGUGGGCCCUGUACAAAUACUUCAUUAGUUUCAAAGAGGAACUUGCAGAAAUUGAGAAGUGCAUCAUCAAUAAUGAUGCUACAAUAACUCUUGCAAUAGUGGUGGACAAGUUGUCACCUCGAUUGGCUCAGCUCAAGGUUCUGCACAGAGUAUUUAGUACCGGAGUAGCAGAAGUUCCACCUGAUACUCGAAAUGUCGUCCGGGCCUCCCACCUGCUCAACACCCUGUACAAGGCCAUUCUCGAAUAUGACAACGUUGGAGAAGCCUCUGAGCAAACUGUCUCCCUCCUGUUCUCUCUCUGGGUGGAAACGGUGCGGCCUUACCUGCAGACAGUGGAUGAGUGGAUCGUGCAUGGGCACCUGUGGGACGGCGCCAGGGAGUUCAUCAUCCAGAGAAACAAAAAUGUUCCGGUUAAUCACAGAGACUUCUGGUAUGCAACUUACACGUUAUACAGCGUGUCAGAAAAGACAGAAAGUGAAGAAAAAAUGAGUGAUAAUGCGAGUGCGAGUUCCGGCAGUGACCAGGGGCCCUCCAGCAGGCAGCACACCAUGGUGUCCUUCCUCAAACCUGUCCUGAAGCAGAUCAUAAUGGCUGGCAAGUCCAUGCAGCUGCUGAAGAACCUGCAGUGUGCAGAGAGCACCACUUGCCAGGCUGCAGCCAGAGAUGCAGAAAGAAAAAGCUUAUACACUCUCUUUCUGGAAUCUGUACAGUCGCGGCUUCGACACGGAGAAGAUUCCACUCCACAUGUUCUCACUGAGCAACAGGCAACCAAAGAGAACCUAAUUAAGAUGCAAUCCAUUGCUGAAAGGCAUCUUGAACUGGAUGAUGUUCACGAUCCACUGCUUGCCAUUAACUUUGCAAGGAUGUAUUUGGAGCAGAGCGACUUUCAUGAGAAGUUUGCUGGUGAUGAUGUAUGUGUGGAUAGAUCAUCAGAAUCUGUGACAUGCCAGACCUUUGAAUUAACGCUGAGGUCCUGCCUCUAUCCUCAUAUUGAUAAGCAGUAUCUGGAUUGCUGUGGAAAUCUCAUGCAAACUCUAAAAAAAGAUUACAGGUUGGUAGAAUACUUGCAAGCCAUGAGGAAUUUUUUCUUAAUGGAAGGAGGAGAUACCAUGUAUGACUUCUACACAUCAAUUUUUGAUAAAAUAAGAGAAAAGGAAACCUGGCAGAAUGUCUCUUUUCUUAAUGUCCAGCUCCAGGAAGCCGUAGGACAGCGUUAUCCUGAAGAUAGUUCACGGGAUUUCAGAAUAUUUCUGUUGUCUGCCAGUGCUGUUCUCCCAUCUUCCUGCGACGCGUUCUCCAGUUGGUCCUGGCAGAGUCUAUCUAUAUCUUUUGAAAAUGUUGACACAGCUAAGAAGAAACUACCUGUUCAUAUCUUAGACGGUCUGACCCUCAGCUACAAGGUCCCGUGGCCUGUGGACAUUGUUAUAAGUUUGGAAUGUCAAAAAAUUUAUAAUCAAGUGUUUCUUCUCUUACUGCAAAUAAAGUGGGCAAAAUAUAGUCUGGAUGUUUUACUUUUUGGUGAACUGGUUAGUACUGCCGAAAAACCACGACCUAAAGAAGGCCUUGUACAUGAACAAAACACAGUCACUCAGUUCGGACCACAGAAAGAACCAGUGAGACAGCAGAUUCAUCGCAUGUUUCUCUUAAGAGUGAAGCUCAUGCAUUUCGUGAACAGCUUGCACAACUACAUCAUGACCAGGAUUCUACACAGUACGGGCCUGGAGUUUCAACAUCAAGUCGAGGAAGCCAAGGAUUUAGAUCAAUUGAUUAAAAUUCACUAUAGGUACCUGUCAACCAUCCAUGACCGGUGUCUGCUGAGAGAAAAGGUCAGCUUCGUGAAGGAAGCCAUCAUGAAGGUGUUGAACUUGGCUCUCAUGUUUGCAGAUGGUUGGCAGGCGGGCCUGGGUGCUUGGCAAAUGGAAUCUAUAGAGAAAAUGGAGUCUGAUUUUAAAAACUGCCAUAUGUUUCUUGUAACCAUUUUAAACAAAGCCGUGUGUAGAGGAUCCUUUCCCCAUUUGGAAUCUCUAGCACUGUCCCUCAUGGCUGGCAUGGAACAAAGUUAAAUACCUUCAGUGUAAUAAGUAUCUCAGACUUCAUCGUCACACAUGUACAUUUCCACCCUGUGCAGCUGAAAAAUGAGAAUCUUUUUAUUUUGGUUUAUUUGUAAAACUUGUCCACGGUCAGCCAGGUACAGUCGCUCACGCCUCUAAUCCCAGCACUAUGGGAGGCCAAGGCAGGCGGAUGGAUCACUUGAGCCCAGGAGUUCGAGGCCAGUCUGGGUAACGUGGUGAAACCCCAUUCUGCCAAAAAUACAAAAUGUACCCAGACAUGGUAGUACAUGCCUGUAGUCCCAGAUACUUGGGAGGCCAAGAUGGGAGGAUUACUUGAGCCCAGGAGGUCAAGGCUGCAGUGAGCCAUGAUUGUACUACCGCAGUGCAACCUGAGUGAGAGAGUGAGACCCUGACUCAAAAACCACUUGUCCGCAGUCCAGACAAAUGGAUUGUAGGUGGUUUUUCUGGAGAUUAGUAGAUACUAUGCAGGGUUGUGUAUAUAAAAUUGUGUAAAUAGUGCAAAGUGUAUAUAAGCUGUUUACUGCUGUAUUUCCUACUGUAAGAUACAGAUUUAUGGUACUGAUACCUUUAAAUUAUAUUUUGAAAAUGUGAUUACUGAUAUUCAAAAUAAAGGACUUAAAAU